AUGAACGCCUUCAGCGCCCUGUUUUUCUUUCUCAAUCUUGUCAUCCUUAUGGUUGUCAUGAUCACUAGCGUCACUCGCUAUCUCCUAUUCCCAGAGGUAUGGUUCAUCAUGAUGCGGCAUCCAGUACAAAGCCUAUACCUCGGCUGUUUGCCGAUGGGCUUUACUACACUCCUUAACGUUUCUGUGUCUUUGUUCUAUAAGCAGUACGGAUUCGGAGGUACCACAUUUAUUUAUGCGAUUUGGGGCUUCUGGUGGAUCAACAAUGUAACCUCCAUCCUGUGUUGUUGGGGGGCUGGUACAUGUCAUGGCAACUAG